AAAAUAACGUCCACGUUUUGCUCCAGAUCAUCCCAUCCUCCCAGGGGGAAGGAAAUGGCUGCAAUGGAGCUGGCUAAGGGGCCGGUGACUUUCGAGGAGGUGGCUGUGUAUUUCACCAGGGAAGAGGGGGCUCUGCUCGACCGCACUCAGAGAGCCCUCUACAGGGAUGUCAUGCAGGAGAACUAUGAGAUGGUGGUCUUUCUGGGGUUUCCAGUUUCCAAACCUGAUGUGAUCUCGCAGCUGGAACGAGGGGAAGAGCCGUGGGUUCCAGACCUCUACGGCUCUGAGAAAAAAGUGCUCCCUAGAGCUGCCUGCACAGGUGUUGGGAUGGUGAGUGAGAAUGAGGAGAAUCCCCAGCAGGACGAUGCUGAGAAAGUAGAACCACAUGGAACGUUAUCAGGAAGAUCCAAAGGGAAUGUUUCCAGGAGUUGUGCACUCCCAGAAAAAGCAAAAAUCUGUGAGACUCAGCAGAGGCCAGAGGAAAACCUAAGUAGCCUCUCAGACCUUAUUACACACGAGAGAAUCAACUUGGAAGAGACACGCUACAUAUGCCAUGAGUGUGGGGAAAGCUUCAAUGGGAGCUCAGAACUUUUCACACAUCAGGGAAUCCACAGAGGAGAGAGACCCUACAUGUGCUCUGAGUGUGGGAAAUGCUUCAAUCGGAGCUCACACCUUAUCUCACAUCAGACAAUCCAUACGGGUGAGAAACCUUAUGGAUGCUCUGAGUGUGGGAAACGCUUCAGUCGGAGCUCAUACCUUAACACACAUAGGAGAAUCCACACGGGUGAGAAACCUUACGGAUGCUGUGAGUGUGGGAAAGGCUUCAGUUGGAGCUAUGCCCUUAUCGCGCAUCAGAGAAUCCACACAGGAGAGACGCCCUACACAUGCUCUGAGUGUGGGAAAAGCUUUAAUCGGCACUCACAGCUUAUCACACAUCGUAGAAUCCACACAGGAGAGAAACCCUACACUUGCUCUGAGUGCGGGAAAUGCUUCAGUCGGACGUCAGCCCUUAUCACACAUCGGAGAAUCCACACAGGAGAGAUGCCCUACACAUGCUCUGAAUGUGGGAAAAGCUUCAAUCAUAGCUCAAACCUUAUCUCACAUCGUAGAAGCCACACGGGAGAGAUGCCGUACACAUGCUCUGAGUGCGGGAAAAGCUUCAAACAGAGCUCUAGCCUGAGCAGACAUCGUAGAAUCCACAGUGGAGAGAGACCCUACACAUGCUCUGCAUGUGGGAAAAGCUUCAAUCAGAGGUCAUUCCCUAUUAGACAUCAGAAAAUCCAAAUGGGAGAGAACUGUGAGAAAUGCCUUGAUUAGGGCUGGCCAAAGAUUUCUUUAAAAAAAAAAAAAAAAAAAAUCACAUUUGCUAAUUCCAAUAUAGUGAUCUUUGCACCAUCUUCACCAGGGUCUCUCAGCUCCCCCAGAUGAGUUGCCUGCUUCUGCAGCUCACCCUGCUUUGGGGUUAGUCCUGUGAUCUUUUCUAUCAACUCCUUUCCUUUUGAGUCGUAGGAGAGUGUGUCCCUCCAGCCAGGAAUGUUCAUCAGCUCCAGGUGGGGGAGAGAGGUUUGAUCCCAACAAGCUACACUGAGGCAAAAACUACCUGUGCCUUAUAUCCACUAGGACUGUACAUGGCGUUGGCUGCUCAUGUUAGUGAUCUUGGUGUAAAAAGACAAUUAUAGUUGUAGUGCAGAUGCAGCCCAGUUGCAGUGGUUGGCAUUAGCUUUCCCCUUGACCUAACCUAAACUCCAUCACUUUUCCUAGUCUAAACAAACCCUGAGCAUCACGGUUAUACUGUUCCCCCUUUUCAAAGCAAUUGUUAGUCAUCAAGUUUCCCCUUCGGGAACAAAUUAUUUCAUUCCCAGUUGCUUUGAUGUUGCUUCAAGUUUUGCUGGAGAGCAGAUAUUUUUAUUACCAUUUUCCUCACUUAAAAUAUAUUGAACUAUAACAAAGAGCAGGAACAGGGCAGGGAUAGGGAAAAAUGUCAUUUCACCCUCUGUAACAACAGAAGAAGUUAGGGUAAGUCAGAGAGAUUCCCUUAUUCCCCAUCACCCCCCUGUUGUUCAGUUGGUUAGGUCAAUAUUUUUUCUAAAGGGUUGGGAAGAGGAUUCCUUAGUAAAUGACAUGUAAAUAGGCAAAAUACCCAUACAUUUGGCUCCCAAAGCAAUUGUGGCCCAGGCCCUGCAUGAGGUCUCUCCUUAAGAUAUCUCCUUCCUAAUCAGGUGCAUGUUUCCUAUUAUUUGGGAAAUGCAAUCCCUUUCUAGGUAGAGAUGGGAAAAAUGGAAGUGAUGUUUCUGUUCAGCUCACCCCUGGGAGAUGCUGCAAAUGUGUAGAAAAUGGAAUCUGUGUUGAAUGUGAUAUAGCUGCAGAAAGAUACCUAUUUUUAAUAGAUACCUGACAUUUGUUGUCUUACAGGGAUUCUAAACUGCACCUGAAUUUAGUCCCUAAUUUAAAUCUGUGCCACCAGAUUAAAGAAAUAAAAGGGCAUAUUUGGGGGCGUUAUACCUCACUAUCGCUACUGAUAUGUUGUGUGGUUGGUGAAGAAUUCUACGCCAGAGACUUGGAGUAAUUUUAUACUUAAGGUCAAAGAUUUGAUAGGGACUCAGGUAGAAAUUGCAGGUACUAGUGGUUGAUUUUCACCCCAGAUAUGGAAGCUAUGGUGAUCUGUGGCCCAGGUAAACUAUUUUUAGAAUGCUGCUCCCUAGUUAAGUGGCAGUGAUCACACUCCUAAAAGAUGCCAUUAUUAAAUUGGGAACAACUGUCUCUUACCAUUUGGAUCCAAAGUUAGAUGAAGCACAGAGAGAAACAGCUGAUUCCUUCAGAGCCAUUCCAUGCCUAUGGGUCCCAAACUGGCUGCCUUGUUGGACAAGAAGCAUUUCCAUGCUGGACAAAUGAUGGAAGAACCACCCGCGACAAUGUUUUUGGCCCUGUCAGGCAUUGGGACCUCAACCCAGAAUUCCAUUGGGCGGAGGAGACUGCGGGAACUAUGAGAUAGCUAUGGGAUAGCUACCCACAGUGCAACGCUUCGGAAAUCGACGCUAGCCCCGGUACAUGGAUGCACACUGCCGAAUUAAUGUGCUUAGUGUGUCCGCAUACAUUUGACUUUAUACAAUCUGUUUCCAAAAUUCUGGUUCUGGGUACAUCCUCCCCCUCUCUCCAGGAAAGCAACGGCAGACAACCGUUUCGCGCCUUUUUCCUGGGUGAACAGUGCAGACGCCAUAGCACAGCAAGCAUGGAGCCCGCUCAGCUCAAGACAGCAGUCAUGAACAUUGUAAACACCUUGCACAUUAUCGUGCAGUUUAUGCUGAACCAGAACCUGCAAAACCAGGCGACGAGGAGUAGGCUACAGCAGCGCGGCGGCGAGAGUGAUGAGGGCAUGGACAUGGAAUUCUAUCAAACCGCGGGCCCCGGCGCUUUGGAGAUCAUGCUGUUAAUGGGGCAGGUUAUAGCCGUGGAACGCCGAUUCUGGGCCCGGGAAACAAGCACAGACUGGUGGGACCGCAUAGUGUUGCAGGUGUGGGACGAUUCCCAGUGGCUGCGAAACUUUUGCAUGCCUAAGGGCACUUUCAUGGAACUUUGUGACUUGCUUUCCCCUGCCCUGAAGCGCCA